UGCGCCAACUUUCAUGAUUCUGGCUAAAAUCCCUACCAUUAUAGGGCGAUGGAAUCCAAUGCCCUAUCUCGCAACAUCUUUUGUAUUUCACGAGACCCAAUUGGACGUCAAACAUUUAACGAGUAAACAUUAAUGCACCAUAAAUUGGAAGUUGGGUAAUAAAAUGAAACGAGAUAAACAAAGCAACUUUAUACAUCACUAAAUGUAUACUACUCAUUCUAGUCAUGUGAAAAUAGAUAUAAUGUUUUCAUGAUAUGUUCAUUUUCAUUAUUACACAUCCUUUUCAAGGUGACUUAGCAGCAGUGGGGCUGCAUCCUGUAUUGACAACCUACCACUGAAUACUAUGAUGAGGCGAAACUAAACAUUUACGGUUUCACAGUCAUAACGGCCCUCUGAGGGAAACCGUACCAACAAUGUGGCCCACGGGGAAAAUUAGUUUGACACCCCUGACUUAUGGCAAAAAGUGGCACCCUGGCUGGGAAAAACAUAAUGACAUCACCCCGCUGUCCAUCGCCAGGCAUGACCAAUCAAACCAAGUUUGUUUGGAUUGUGUAAAUUGAUUAUUCAUGCUUGGAGAGUAAGACGCAUUGAAUGCUGGGUUGCUAUGUUAGCGUAGCAAGUUAAACAGAGCCAACCCAAUACCUGCACAUGAAAAUAACAACAGAAACACCAUGGUGUUAUACAGUCCCCUCCAAAUGUAUUGGAACAGCAAGGUAAAUUCCUUUGUUUUUGUUGUAUACUAAAGACAUUUGGGUUUCAGAUCAAAAGAUAACUAUGAGGCAAAAGUUCAGAAUUCCAGCUUUUCAUGGUAUUUACAUCUAGGUGUGUUAAACAACUCAGGACAGAACCUUUCAAACCUUUUGUUUGAACCCACCCACUUUUCAAGUGAGGAAAAGUAUCGGAACAUGUGACUGAUGGGUGUUUCUAGUUGCUCAGGUGUUGCGUUUGAGAUUGAUUGUUUAAACCAGGGGUUUCAAACUAAUUUUUGUCCCAAGCCACAUCGUAGUUAUGACUGCCCUCGGAGGGCCGCUACAACUGUGAACCAAUAUAGAUGAAAGAUUACCUGUAAUUACAUACAGUAUACACAACACAUUGAUGAAUAGCCAGUUCUGAAAUCAGAAGCCUAUAAAACAUGUUUUUCCACUAUUACAUUUCUUUUCAAAGGUCGAUUGGUAACAAAAAAAUGCUUGCAAUGGUGUUACAGCUGAACACAAUGAGCGAUUUUGAUUUGCUUUCGCGGGCCACAUAAAAUGAUGUGGCGGGCCGGAUCUGGUCCUCGGGACACAAGUUUGACACCUGUGGCUUAAACAUAGUGCUUGUUUUUGGCUUUGGGUUUCCCCUGUGAAAACUGCAUUUGCUGUUAAGCAAACAUGAAGACCAGAGAGCUGUCUAUGGGAGAAAAGCAAACCAUUUUGAAGCUGAGAGAAGACGGAAACUCGAUCAGAGCUGUUGCACAACAUUGGGCAUAGCCCAUACAACAAUUUGGAAUGUCCUGAAAAAGAAAUAUGGUGUACUGAGCAACAGACAUCGAUCGAACAGGUUAGCCAAGGGUAUAAACAGCAGUUGAUGACAGAAACAUUGUGAGAGCUGUGAAGAAACACCCAAAGACAACAGUCUGUGACAUCACUGCCAACCUCCACAAGGCAGGGAUGAAGGUAUCACAAUCCACUGUUCGAAGAAGACUUCGAGAGAAAAAGUAUACAGACUGUACCACAAGAUCCAAACCACUUAUCAGCAAAAAGAAUCCGAAGGCCAGAUUGGAUUUUGCAAAGAAGUACAGAGAUGAGCCACAAAAGUUUUGGAACAAAGUUUUAUGGAUUAAUGAGACCAAGAUUAACCUCCACCAAAAUUAUGGAAAGGCCAAAGUAUGGAGAAAGAAAGGAACUGCGUAUGAUCCAAAACACACAAGCUCAUCUGUGAAGCAUGGUUGAGAAAAAUGCAUCCAAACUAAUCGGGAGAAGCUUCCAUCAUGCAACAAGCCAAUGACCCAAAACACUGCCAACACAACAAAGGACUUCAUCAGGGUUAUGACGUCUCAGCUGCAAGUCUUCUCACCUCCGUCCAUUUCCUCCAGUGCCUUUUGCCGUGUCAAGAAGCUGAAGGUGGAGAACAAUGUUUGGGAUGUGUCCACGACUGAAGCGUACAGCUCCAUAGCGGGCCAGUCAGCGUAUACCUUUACCCCAGCCAUGGCUGUCCCGCCCUUUGCGUCGUCCCUAGUCUUCCCCCCAACAGCGCCCGGAUCUCGGGGUCAAGUGGUGGUUCGGGCAGCUGAUAGCACCGGUAGUCUUCCUCGAGGUUCCAAUCGGCGUGUCACCGAGCACGCAACAUCCUCCUCCUAUGCUCAUGUCGAGACGGCCUCAGAAACGAGAGGACACCGGCAUGGGCAGAAGAGAAAGAUGGAGGAGACCAAUGAGGGCAGCGGCUGUGGCAGUGUGCAAAUUCUAGAGGAGCUCUCAGCACCAGCAGCGACAUUCUCCACUCGCACGGGCGGUGGCGGAGGAGGUGGCACAGACCAGUCCAUACCUCACUCGGCUCCAACCACCAAAAGCAGUAGCUCCAAUGGUGAAGGCGACUAUCAGCUCGUGCAGCACGAGAUCCUCUGUUCUGUGUCCUGCAGCUACGAAGUUUUGGAGUUCUUAGGGAGAGGCACCUUUGGACAAGUGGCCAAGUGCUGGAAGAGGGGUACUAAUGAGAUUGUGGCGAUUAAGAUUCUAAAGAACCAUCCUUCAUAUGCUCGCCAGGGACAAAUUGAGGUGGGCAUCCUGAACAGGCUGAGUGCGGAGAAUGCGGAUGAGUACAACUUUGUGCGCUCCUAUGAGUGCUUUCAGCACAAGGGUCAUACGUGCUUGGUGUUUGAGAUGCUCGAGCAGAACCUGUAUGACUUCCUAAAGCAUAGCAAGUUCAGCCCGCUGCAUCUGCGGCACAUUAGACCAAUCCUGCAACAGGUGGCCACGGCACUGAUGAAGCUCAAGAGCUUGGGACUGAUUCAUGCUGACCUCAAGCCUGAAAAUAUUAUGCUGGUGGACCCUCUCAGGCAGCCCUACAGAGUAAAGGUCAUCGACUUUGGAUCUGCAAGCCACGUUUCCAAGGCUGUGUGCUCAACAUACUUGCAGUCUCGCUACUACAGGGCUCCUGAGAUCAUUUUAGGUCUGCCCUUCUGUGAGGCUAUUGAUAUGUGGUCUCUGGGCUGUGUGAUUGCUGAGCUCUUUCUGGGGUGGCCGCUUUACCCUGGCGCAUCCGAGUACGAUCAGAUCCGCUACAUUUCUCAGACUCAAGGCCUGCCAGCUGAGUACCUACUGAGUGCAGGCACAAAAACCAGCCGCUUUUUCAACCGAGGACCUGAUUCUAGCUACCCGCUUUGGAGGCUUAAGACACCAUCAGAACAUGAAAUGGAGAUGGGAAUAAAAUCCAAGGAAGCUAGAAAAUACAUCUUCAACUGUUUGGAUGACAUGAUGCAGGUCAACCUCUCAUCUCAUUUGGAGGGGACAGACAUGCUGGCUGAGAAAGCUGAUAGACGAGAGUUUAUAGAUCUCCUGAAGAGGAUGCUCCGCCUGGAUGCUGACAAGAGGAUUACGCCUACAAAGACUCUGGGUCACCCUUUUGUCACAAUGAGCCACCUCAUGGAUUAUCCACACAGCUCUCAUGUGAAGUCGUGCUUCCAGAACAUGGAGAUCUGCAAGCGCCGUAGCACCUACGACAACAACAAAUCUAUCUACUCCACCAAUGCAGUCCCCAGUGCUGCAGCAGGAAACCUGACUGUUACCUUCAGUAGCCAACUCAACCAGCAUAACCAGGUGCCUUCUGCGGGGGGAGCGGUGCCUUUGCUAAAUUAUCAACCAGCGUUGUACCAGCAGGCGACGAUCAACAUUCCCGGUCUGACGCAACAGAGUGUACCUAUCCCAGCGCGUCCUGCUGGGCUGUGUAGCCAGGCAGAACCCUUCCAGCAGACUCUGAUUGUUUGCCCACCUUCCACCAUUCAAGGGCUGCAGUCAUCAAGCAAGAACUCAAGUUUCCCUGUGAGGAUGGAUAACUCUGUUCCUAUAGUACCUCAGAAUCAGCCUGCGCAGUCUUUGCAGAUCCAGCCCAGCAUGCUCACGCAGGGUUCCUGUACACCUCUGAUGGUGGCCACCCUUCACCCACCCUCAUCAGGCAUAGCCUCGCAGUAUUCCCUACCAGUCGGGCUAGGUACCGGGGUGGGUCGGCCCACCCUCUUGGAGCACACAGCCACAGUGCUGCAGGCCUGGCCCACUGGAACUCAACAAAUCCUCAUUCCGUCGUCAUGGCAACAGGUCCCGAGCGUAGCCAUCCACAGCUCUGCUCACCAGGCAAAUAUUGCAGAGUCACCACAGGACUCCCAUCACACAGAUACCACCAUUCAGCAGGGACACAACUGGAGGAGCACAGCACAAACCAAAACUCAGCAGGAGCGGAAGAAGGUCAAAGCCAGGCGAGGAGAGAACAGAAACAGGGGUAUCUCGACUGCGUCGUUGCUCAGCACCAAUGGUGUGACGUCAUCCAGUCUCAUGGCCACUUUGUCGCAGCCCAUCGUCAUCUCAGACACUCCCAGCCCGGCGGUCAGCAUCAUAACAAUACACAGCGACACUGACACGGAGGAUGAGCGCAAGUUUCAUCCUGCCAGUGUUGCACUAAGCCAGCGCACCAAUGUUAUCAGCUGUGUGACUGUGCACGACUCCGACUCCUCUACCGCCAGCCCACUGACGCCGCGUCCCCGCGCACUUAACGCAGCCAGCACCGUUUCCUCUCGCCAGGCCAAGUCUCUGGCCGUGGUGGCGCCCUCAGUCAAAGUUCAGGCGCCCGAAAGAAUUGCGGCUACACGUAGCCGCCCAGAAACUGUGAACUACAUAAAACCCAAGAGAAUGUCUCAUCACCAGCCAAGUAGUUCGGGGGAGAGCCUGGAACAACACGGACUGAUGCUGAGCCAGUCACGCCCCUUAAACCUCAGCCAGGUCCAGCCUGUGGUGUCUUCAUCUCAGGAGCGCGCAGGGCCGCCCCACGCUGACUCAUCCUUGCGUCGCCAGCAGACCUUCCCUCCGGCCGCCUCAGCUCCGCACUACAACUUCCCCGAAGUGUCGGCCCUCGCCUCGGUGUCAGCCGCCGGGCCCGGCCUGUACACCUACCCGGCCUCCACCGCCCUCUCAUCCGCCUCUCAGGUCAUGGAGCAGCUGCUGGGCCGCGGCCACGCCGGCCACGCCGGCCACCCCGGCCACGCCGGCCACGCCGGCCACGGACACUCCCCCUCUGCUUAUGCAGCCACAUACACCGCCUCCUCGUCCUCCUCCAGGAGAGACUCGGCCAGCCGCAAGGAGUCGGUCAGCAGUCUGCUGCACGGUCUGCCGGCGGUCUACCAGCAGCAGUUCACUGCAGCCUCUCCUUACGUGAGCGUGACGCCGCGGGCCGAGGCGUACGGUGCCUACCAGCUGAGCCCCAGACGCCUCACGCAGUACCCCUACCUAUAAGAUUCUUCACAUAGCACCUCCAAGGGAUGACUGUCACUUAUCCGAUUGCUGCUUUUCAUCACAAGGCUUGUCCUCUCCAUUGAUUUUCCUUUAGAAAAUAGUAUCUGACGCCCAUAUUUUAGCCACUUCAUAUUAGGCGUUGUGGUCAUUGUUUCUUUGUGUGAAGAGAGACUCUCUGCUCCUGUCACAAGCUGCGACAAACCUUUAAGCCCCGUUUCCUGUGCUAGUGAAGGACUAGCAGACAGUAAUCCAGUGAGUCCCUGUGUUUUAGCUAACCUAAUAAUUGUACUUGACCCUCGUCUGUUUACGAACCAAUCUUGUCUUUUUGCUAUGUUUAAUUUAUGUUUUGACUGUGUACGGUGGGAAGAUGAGGGUGUGGAGUUUAAGCCGCGAAAGGUGGCCCAAAUGUGAUGGCUCAAUGUUAAUUUAAGUGCACAUGUGAUCGUGUGUUUAUGUAGUGACAGUGUUUUAGGCCAGAUGAACCAUGCAAUAGUUUUUUUUGAUUGUGUUCUUUUCUUUUUAACUGAAUGUAUUUAUGAAAUCCAGAUGAGUGAGUUUGUCAUGCUGAUAAAUGACAUGAAAAGCUUUUUGGGUUUGUUUCAAAAAGGGGGAGGAAAUUAUUCUGUUUCUCAAAAUAUAUAUCUUGUUUGUCAUAGCCACACCUAUUAAAUGCAAAAUCCGCUAGCCACUGUUAUUUAGGACCUCUUAAUAAUUGGUGUAAGGCAGGCCAGUUUUUAUGUAACAAAGAUAACGUUUGGAUACUUGCUUGCUGCAGUACCCAGUGACUGCUGAAUAUUAACAUAUAAUAUUUUAGUUGAUUACUUUGUCGUGUAAGAAGCUCCUAUCUGUCUUACAAGAAUUAGUUUUAAAAAAUUAAUGCCAACCAAAAUGUUGCAGAAGAGAGAGAUUUUCCUUCAGGUGACUGCAGUGAAAGUUCUAUUGCGACAGUGGGUUCUAAAAGCUUUUUAGUCGAUCCUUCCCCGUUGUGUUUGCAUCGUUUUGUGUUGUAAUGUCUUGAGUAUUUUACUGUAAUUUGACCUUAUUCUAGUAGUUAAAGAUGCUACUCGGUAGAACUAAUUCAGGGAAAUUAUUCUGCUCAAUAAUCCACCAUCACUGUUUGCAAUAAAAUAAAUACAAACGG